GCGGGGAUCCGGGCGCGGGAUCAGUCAGCACCGAGGCCCGGCCUGAGGAGCGGCCCCCGGCUGCCCUCGGGUCCACAUCACCUGAGGACGGUGCCGGUCCUCCCCCCUUUCCCUCCGCACCUGGGCCCCGGGGAAUUUCCCGCCCGUGGAUACAAAGAACCGCACGUGACUAAUAUUGUCCAUCUUUUAACAGGGUAGAACAAGCAGAGGAUUUGAGCACAUGAUCCUCAAACUCAACCCAUCAGAUCUGCAGUGCCGACAGUUCACCGGGACCUGAAUGUGUGGGAGGGAUUCACUGUGUCAGCCCUCGAGUUCACUGCAUGGAGAAAUUAUCCACCAGUGUGGGUAGGGAUUCACUUGAUCUUCACAUCUAGAGGGCCACCAGAAAUUUCACGUAAUGGAGAAACAAUUUGCAUGUCUUGAUUGUGGGAAGGGAUUCACUCAAGCAUGCAGCCUGAAGAGACACCAGAAAAUUCACACCGGGGAGAGGCCGUUCACCUGUUCUGAGUGUGGGAAGGGAUUUGCUCGUUUGUCCAACAUGAUAACGCAUCAGCGAGUUCACACUGGGGAGAGGCCGUUCACCUGCGCUCUGUGUGGUCAAGGAUUCACUCAAUCCUCCCACCUUGUUACACAUCAACGGGUUCACUCUCUGGAGAAACCAUUUGCCUGUUUAGAUUGUGGGAAGGGAUUCUCCCGAGCAUGCCAGCUGAAGAGGCAUCAGCUAAUUCACACUGGGGAGAGGCCGUUCACCUGCUCUGAGUGUGGGAAGGGAUUCAUUCAACCAUCUGAGCUACUGAGACACCAACGAGUUCAUAGUGGAGAGAGGCCAUUCACCUGUUCUGAGUGUGGGAAAGAAUUCACUCGGCUGUCGAACAUGAUAACACAUCAGCAAAUUCACUCUGGGGAGAGGCCGUUCUCCUGCUCUGAAUGUGGGAAGGAAUUCACUCAGUUGUCCAACAUGAUAACUCAUCAGCAAAUUCACAUCGGAGAGAGGCCUUUCACCUGCUCUGAGUGUGGGAAGGAAUUCACCCAAUUGUCCAACAUGAUAAGACAUCAACGUGUUCAUACUGGGGAGAAGCCGUUCACGUGUUCUGAGUGCGGGAAGGAAUUCACUCAGUUAGCCAACAUGAUAACACACCAGCGAGUUCACACUGGGGAGAGGCCAUUCACCUGUUCUGUGUGUGGGCAAGGAUUCACUCAAUCUUCCCACCUGGUGACACACCAACAGGUUCAUACUCUGGAGAAACCAUUUGCUUGUCCUGAUUGUGGGAAGGGAUUCACACGAGCAUGCAAUCUGAAGAGGCACCAGCAGAUUCAUAGGGGAGAGAGGCCGUUCACGUGUUAUGAGUGCGGGAAGGGAUUCAUUCAAUCAUCUGAGCUACUGACACACCAGCGAGUUCACACUGGUGAGAAGCCGUUCACUUGCACUGAGUGUGGGCAGAGAUUUACCAAGUUCUCCAGCAUGAUAACACAUCAGAGAAUUCACACCGGGGAGAGGCCGAUCAUUUGCUCUCAGUGUGGGAAGGGUUUCACACAAUUUUCCCAACUGAUGACCCACCAGCGAGUUCACGCUGUGGAAAAAUCGUUUGCCUCUCCCAACUCUGGGUAGGAUUUCACUGGUAAAUCUAAUCAGGUGACCCACCAGAGAAUUCAAUCUGGGGAAAGGGCAUUCUCCUGUUUAGUGUGGGGGAAGGGAUUCACUUGAUUAUCUGAGUGAACACACCUGUGCGUUCACACUGUGGGGGAUAGUUUAAAUAGGUUUUUGGUUUGGUGUUGAACUGUCACAAUUGCUGAAUCCUGUUGCAAGUCCCACAAGUGACUGCUGCUGUUGGAUUCUGUGGUUACUGCUGGUGUUCAUCACAAUCAGGAAUGAACACAGGGCACAGUUGGGGCUUGUAGGCUGCUGUUCGUAAGUUUUAUAACUGGGUUGAAGUUUAAUAUUUUGGGUCUGAGAAUAAAUGUGAUCUGUUGUAAACA